AGAGAUACCGCUUUAAGAUCUUGAUAGGUCUCGUGCUCGCGGGCAAACGGGCUAUCCGUGCCCUGUAUGGGAAGUGCCCCUGGCCCAUUCGUACACUGGACUCUGUUACAAACCCCACAAAUAUCCUCCGAAACCGGGCUCACAUAAAGACACCCACGGAACCACCUCUGAUGCUUAACCCGGCGGAAGGAGUGGGGUCAUCUAGGAGGCUUCAGUUUAACCACUUAACUUCCCGGAGCCUCAGUUCCCUUAGUUUUUAAAUGAAAGGAUUGAAAUACAUGGACUUAUGAAUUUUCUUCCAACUUCUGGAAAUCUAUGACCCUGUGAAAUAUAAAGCUUGAAAUCAGCUUAUUCUUAUACUUCUACCUCUUCUUUCCUCCAAAAGAAAGAAAAAAGUAAAAAACAACCCGGGGUAAAAAGAAGGACUAACUAAAGUUAUAGAGUCCUUAUAAAACUAAUUACAGAGAUCUUAUAUCCUCUUUCCAGGACCCACUGGAUUCACUAUGGACAUUGAAUGUUCACGGCUCCUACCUUCUGUCUGUGCAGUUUUGGUAGACCCAAAGCAGUUUGUGGCUGAUGAUACCUGUUUGGAAAAACUACUAGACUGGUUUAAGACAGUAACUGAAGCAGAGUCCAGUCUGCUGGUAUUACAGGAGAAUCCCUGCCUUACAGAGCUUCUAUUUCAUGUGGUGAAACUACAGGAUGUGAAUUCCAAUAUCCUGUCUUUUACGCUACGACUUGCAGGAAUAUUUGCAGCCCAUGAAAACAGCUUUCAGUAUCUCCAGCAGGGGGAGGUGUUGCUCAGCCUUUUCAGUGAAGCAGGGCCCCUCAGCAGGCCCGCCUGGGAGGAUCCCUCUGUGCGCAGCGGCUGGAUCCAGGGUGUGGGCAGCAUGGUACAGCAUGAAAGGGCCGUGCAGUUCCUAUGUGACUGUGGUGCUAUUGAUGUGAUCUUCUCUUUACAAGGAGAUCCCAGCCUGUUUGUUGCUUCAACAGCUAGUCAGCUGCUUGUGCAUAUUUUGGGAUUCACCAUGCAUUCCAGGAGAGCUGUGCCUCUCACUACUCAGGACUGUGACUGGCCAGUGUGUGCUCGAAUGAUUGUAGGGCAUAUAGAAGAAUCCCUUCGCUCAGGGACAGUCCCUCAGAUCACACAGGCAUUGAAUGUACUGACCACAUUGUUUGGACGUUGCCAUGAAUCUUGGACUGAAGUUCUUUGGAUGCGGAUGAAUCCAUUUGUGGGAUCACUACUGGAGAAAGAACCCCUUUUGGCUGCACAUUCACUAGUGGAUCUCUUCCUUAGUAUGGCACGCUCUCCUGUAUUCAGCCAUCUGGAAUGUGAUCUGUGGAUAUUAUCAACACGGGCUCUGAAUCGUCUAAGCCCAACCCAAUCAGGGCCCUUAGCUUUAGGAAUUCUCAAUCUCAAGGACUGCCCACAGACAUUAAGGACUAAGGCUUUUAACAUCCUGCUUCAGCCACUAGCUUGUGUUCUGCAAGCUGCCUCUCAACCUACUGGAUCUCCAGGUUUGCUGGAUGAAUCUCUGAAUGACUCUGUGAUCACUGAUAUCCUCCUCUCCUCUAAAUCAUCAUGUGCUGGUCUCUUGUGUCAAACUUUGGCCCAUCUGGAAGAACUACAACCUAUGAGUCAUUUACUGAUAGAUUGGCCACAUGUUCCUUUGCUCAGUGCUGUAAUGACCAUAUUGCGGUUCUGCAGUGGUCUGGCUACCCCAGCUUCCAGUGUUGGAGAUAGGCUCUGUGGGAUAUUGAUUGGUUGCUUCAGAGUUCAGCGAUCAGCACUUGAUUUCUUAGGGACCCUUUCUCAAGGGCCAAGCCCCAGUGAAUUGAUAAGAGGAGUUGUUGAGAUCCUUCUGGUGUAUCUCAAGAGCCCAGAUUCUAGUCCUACAGUUCUGAAGAAGGCAUUUCAGGCCACACUCAAAUGGCUGCUGAGUUUGUCCAAAACCUCUACCUCCAGUGACCUCUGCCCACAAACCCAGCAUUUCCUUAGAGAUCUCUUUCCAAUACUGCAGAAGCGUUUGUGUAGCCCUUGCUGGGAAGUAAGGGACUCAGCCCUGGAAUUCCUUACGCAGCUAACGAAACACUGGGGAGGGCGGGCUGGAUUCAGACAAGCUCUCCUCUCUUCGGAGGUGCCAGAGCUUGCAGAGGAUCUCCUCCGAGAUCCAGAGAGUUACGUCCGAGCAAGUGCCGUGACUGCCAUGGGACAGUUGUCCAGCAGAGGCCUGUGUUCAAACCCCAUUGGCACCGGGAGCAAAAAUGAUGAAAAGAAAAGCCUGUUCUUGGAACUUCUAGAAAUCCUCUCUACUGACUCAGAAGGCUUCCCUCGGAGAGCUGUGAUCCAGGUUUUCACUGAGUGGCUGAGGGAAGGUCACACAGAUGUGUCAAAGGAUAAGGAGCAAUUUGUAACCAAAGUGCUCCAGGUUGUGAGUUGUGACUUAGAUUGGGAAGUCAGAGUUCAAGGAUUAGAACUGGCUUUGGUAUUUCUUGUUCAGACCCUUGGGCAGCAUGAGACUGAGUGCCCCUAUGCUGUGGAAAUGUCCUCAGUGACUCAGUCUACCCAGCUUACUGAAUCAUUGCAGAUGCUUUGCCAUAUGAAACUGUUUGACUUUAUAUUUAGCGCCUUAUGUGACUGUGACAGGCCAGUGGCCCGUAAGUCCUGUGAUAUCCUCCUGUAUUUGAAAGCCAAACUGGCUCAUCAUGGCAGCCUUCAAGGGAGUGGGGAAGCUUGUACUGAAUCCUUAGGAACCCAAAACACUGCGUGGUUGGAAACAACUCUGAGGAAGUGGAAAGCAAGGGAUCAGGGUCAGCCCAGUGAGGUUGCAGACAGAGGUGAUUGCCAAGAGCCUGAUGAUGUGCUAGAAGUCCUAAGGUCAGUAGAUUUGGAGGGACUUCGAGGGACACUAGCUAAGAGUAGUGACCACAUUGAGAAAAGUCCUCAGUCCCUCUUGCAGGACAUGCUGGCCACGGUAGGAAUCCUGGAAGAAAACGAAGCUGACUGCUACUAAUUCAGCAGGAAAUAGCAUAUCCCAAAACUGAGAAACAGCUUCUCUGUAAGGUUAUGCAAGAGGUGAGCAUAUAGUUUACCUUGAGGUCUCCUGGACAGUAGCAAUUACUUGAGAUUGUGUGGCUAAGAGCAGGCUCAGUGGCUUGUUUCUGCACAUGAGUUAUCUGAAGAUCCUGUUUAAAUCAGGCUGUAGCUUAAAGCCUACCUGAAGAAGGCAAACCAUUUGACAGAUGAGGACUAAACACACACAUAUUCUAUCAUUCUCUCUCUCUCUCUCUCUCUCUCUCUCUUUCUCUCUGUCUCUAUCUCUGCCUCUCUGUCUCUCACUCUCUCUCUUUCUCUCUGCCUCUCUCUCUCAACACACACACACACACACAGCUAUAAAAUUUCAAGCUAUAAAAUCUUUAGAUUUCACAGGUAAAGAAAUGUCUUAUUUUUUAAACAAAAUAAAUUUUAUUUGAAAACUAUAUGACUGUGUAGUUUGUUUUGAAACAAGUUAA